CGCGGCCUCCGGCUUUGCGGAGAUGCUACUGGGCGACGCGGUCUGAGACUAAAUGUCCCCGCCACGACCUAGGCAGCUCUGGAAGGCGCUCCGUGACGGGCAGCACGCACUCAGUCCUAGAGCCUCCGACCUGCGUCGCUCCUCAGGCUCAGCCCUUCCCCUGCGGCCGUCCCUCAGCUUCCCCCGCAGCUGCUGCACGCCGGAGGCUCCCGGGCGCGGGCAGCAACGGCACCGCCUCCCUGUCGGCACCUCCCACUUGAGCUGCCCGAAGCCCGCCUGCGCCCGCCUCGGAAGCGGCGCGCGACUCGCAGCGCCUUGAGGUGCGUGCCCGGGUUCUCCUAGGUUGAGGCGCGGCCCGCUAGCGAGCCCGAGCCCCGCUGCAUUUUAUUUUAUUUCAUCUCACUCGAGGUUUUGCAUAGACUGAAGUUUUGUGGGUUAGAUUCAACUCGGGACCUCCUCAAAGAGGACCCGUGUUUUUUUUUUUCCCCCCCCCAAAAUGGCAGCCUCCAGCCGCGCACAAGUGUUAGAUCUGUACCGGGCGAUGCUGAGAGAAAGCAAGCAUUUCAGCGCCUACAAUUACAGAACUUAUGCUGUCAGGAGGAUAAGAGAUGCCUUCAGAGAAAAUAAGAAUGUAAAGGAUCCUGUAGAAAUUCAAACCUUAGUGAAUAAAGCCAAAAGAGACCUUGAGAUAAUUCGUCGACAGAGUCUCACCGAUGUUCUCCACUCUUUGCUCGAAUCCAGUCCACAUUGGCCAACUAUAUUCAACCGACAAGCUUAUUAUUGAGAAUCAAGAGAAGCCCAGGACCUAGAGAGCGGGGUCCAGCCAUCCCCGGCAGCUGUGGACCCCACCUUCAGCAUCCAUUCUGUGCUUGGGAUUCAGGCUCCCAACAGAACACGAGUGGCCUCUUUCUUACAUCAGCUUAAAAUAGCCUCUUGCUCCACCCACCCUGUAAGGAGCUGAUAAACUGAGUCCGGUUUCCAUUCUUCUUCAGCCUUAGUGAAAAAGGAUGGCUGUCUCCUUGGUUCAAGUGUUCGAAUGAAGAGCUGGCGCUCACUCCCAAUACCGCUGUGUAUUAUUGUGUCUCCUCUGCACCCACCCCUCUUGUAACUCAUCCUUGCUUGUAUAGAGCACCUCCACACUUUGUUUCUUGGUUGACAAUAAACAGAAUUGUCUGCCUAAGUCACCUGACACCAGAUA